AUGGGCACCCAGAUCGUUGUGAAGAAGCCAUUGUUGAUCAAAUUGAUAAAGAGCAAGCUUGAAAUAUCCGAUGCUCUAGAUAAAUCGAGGAAAAUAUCAAAAAAAGAUGGUAAUGCGUUGUUGUACUCCACAGCAUCUGUGUCGGAGUUGAGCACAUUGCUAAGAGAGUACGAGAAGGAGAUCAGCAUGACAGAGGAUGAUUCAAGGCCAAUUGAAAGAAAAACUCAUCUACGCGAUGAAGUGGCCGAUAUUAUAGGAGAGUAUCACAAUGAGCUACUAGCUACGGUGCCCAAAAAGUGGUCGUUGUACCCGCCAAUGGUUCUUUUUAACAACGGGACCUUCGAUACGCCAGACUGGGCAAAUUACUUUUUGAAGAAUGGGACAACAUUGCUAUUUGAUCAUUUACUGGACUCAUUCUUCAAGGGAUACACGCAUUACGCUGUGAAUAAACCUAUCAUAGAGGAGGAUGUCAUGCGCAGACCUUUCAGCUUGGUGCCAUUGCAUGGAGACUUUGGACCUGAGCCCACUACACAAAUGUUCGAAAGUCCUCUGGGCUUAGACAUUGAGAGGACCUUUUGGUGCACGGUAACACAGAACGGCAUUUCUCAGGAGUGGGCUCCUCGGUACACUAUGUUCUCCAGAGGCAAUAUCACCGAGAAAAAACGGCUUCUAGACAGCUAUAGGAACCUCACGGGCGAGAAUGUGGUCGACCUAUAUGCUGGUAUUGGAUACUUUACUCUCUCAUACUUGGCCAAUGGUGCUACAGUGUAUUGCUGGGAGAUCAAUCCAUGGUCCAUUGAGGGUCUUCUUCGCGGGCUCAAAAAGAAUGGGUGCAAAUUCUGCCUCAUCAAAGACGGAGACAACUUUGACGCCACCACCCAUUCUGAGGCGUUGGGCAGUGGAGUAAAUGCAUUCGUUUUUCACGAAAGUAAUGAGCACGCCGUUGAGAGACUCUCCAGGCUUGAUUUGGCCAUUGCACACUACAACUUGGGACUACUACCGACUCUGAGGCAAGGGUGGGAGGUAGUGAGAAGACUCGAAAGUCACAAGUCGAAAGGGCCAAAAGUUCUGCCAGCAUUGGUUCACGCCCAUGAAAACGUCCACAAGAAUGAUUUUGACCAGAUUGUGAAAGAGAUCGAGACCUUUUUUGAUGGCAGGGUCAUUCAGUUGAACAAAGUCAAAACAUUUGCUCCCGACAUCUGGCACAUUGUCUUAGAUGUUCAACUACAAAUCUAG